AAAGAACGGCUGUUCACUGUGAGGUACAUCAGUGUAUGGGAGCUGACACGAGGUGCGCUACAACCGUCUUUUACAUAUCCAGUAAAAUAUAAGCAACAACAUGGCCGCUCUUGCAUCCCGUUCUCUGCCUCGUCUCCUCACGUCUCUCCGCACCACCACCACCCUCCGCCCACACGCCCGUACACCCACUACCAGGACCAUCAUCAGUUACCAGGGACUCCAAGGUCUUGGCCAACCACAAAAGACGGUUGAAAUGGAAAUACAUGAAGAAGUGGAGGAGGACGAGAGGACGAGUCUCCACCUUGAGGCUCUCCAGAGGUGGCAGGACGAAGCGCAACGACUGAGGGAGCUCAAGAUCUUGCCUGAGAACCUCGCUAGCGGAGCCCAAGUCGACUCCAGCCCAUGCGAGGUCGUCAGGGAUCUACUGGAAACUUUAAUAGAUGAAGACCUGAUUGAUCCUCGCAGGAGCUGGGUGGCCAAGACCGACUACUGAUAUCCCAGUGAGGAGAAUCUCUGUAUCUCUCUGGUGUUGAUGUAUUAUGUCUGAUCCGUGUUUCUAUGACAAGGGACACACUCAUCCUGCUUUAUAAACAUUUUUGUUUGUCUUAAGGUUUGUUUCUGUGAAGUAAUAUCUACAUUUUCUUUGAGAUUUAUCACGAAUUGUGACCUAAUGACAUAACCAAGUGCACGUGGUAUCUACUAAAACAAAAAUGUUCUAAUGUGACUUGUAAGAAGUGAAAAGAUACAUGGUAUUAUUUGAUUAUCUAUAAAAUUGACACAAGA